AUGAAGCAGCCACAUCGUGCAGUCGAGGAGGUUGAGGAGAGUGCAGUAGAGGAGGUUGAGGAGAGUGCAGUCGAGGAGGUUGAGGAGAGUGCCGUCGAGGAGGUUGAGGAGGGUGCAGUCGAGGAGGUUGAGGAGAGUGCAGUCGAGGAGGUUGAGGAGAGUGCAGUCGAAGAGGUUGAGGAGGGUGCAGUCGAAGAGGUUGAGGAGAGUGCAGUCGAAGAGGUUGAGGAGAGUGCAGUCGAGGAGGUUGAGGAGGGUGCAGUCGAGGAGGUUGAGGAGAGUGCAGUCGAGGAGGUUGAGGAGAGUGCCGUCGAGGAGGUUGAGGAGGGUGCCGUCGAGGAGGUUGAGGAGAGUGCAGUCGAGGAGGUUGAGGAGAGUGCAGUCGAGGAGGUUGAGGAGGGUGCAGUCAAAGAGGUUGCGGGGAGUGCAGUCGAGGAGAUUGAGGAGAGUGCAGUCGAAGAGGUUGAGGAGGGUGCAGUCGAAGAGGUUGAGGAGAGUGCAGUCGACGAGGUUGAGGAGAGUGCAGUCGAGGAGGUUGAGGAGAGUGCAGUCGAGGAGGUUGAGGAGAGUGCCGUCGAGGAGGUUGAGGAGGGUGCAGUCGAAGAGGUUGAGGAGGGUGCAGUCGAGGAGGUUGAGGAGAGUGCAGUCGAGGAGGUUGAGGAGGGUGCAGUCGAAGAGGUUGAGGAGAGUGCCGUCGAGGAGGUUGAGGAGGGUGCCGUCGAGGAGGUUGCGGAGAGUGCAGUCGAGGAGGUUGAGGAGAGUGCAGUAGAGGAGGUUGAGGAGAGUGCCGUCGAGGAGGUUGAGGAGGGUGCCGUCGAGGAGGUUGAGGAGAGUGCAGUCGAGGAGGUUGAGGAGAGUGCAGUCGAGGAAGUUGCGGAGAGUGCAGUCGAGGCGGUUGAGGAGGGUGCAGUCGAAGAGGUUGAGGAGAGUGCAGUCGAGGCGGUUGAGGAGGGUGCAGUCGAAGAGGUUGAGGAGAGUGCAGUCGAAGAGGUUGCGGAGAGUGCAGUCGAGGAGGUUGAGGAGGGUGCAGUCGAGGAGGUUGAGGAGGGUGCAGUCGAGGAUGUUGCAGAGAGUGCAGUCGAGGAGGUUGAGGAGGGUGCAGUCAAAGAGGUUGCGGGGAGUGCAGUCGAGGAGAUUGAGGAGAGUGCAGUCGAAGAGGUUGAGGAGGGUGCAGUCGAAGAGGUUGAGGAGAGUGCAGUCGACGAGGUUGAGGAGAGUGCAGUCGAGGAGGUUGAGGAGGGUGCAGUCGAGGAGGUUGAGGAGAGUGCAGUCGAAGAGGUUGCGGAGAGUGCAGUCGAGGAGGUUGAGGCUAGUGCAGUCGAGGAGGUUGAGGAGGGUGCAGUCGAGGAGGUUGAGGAGAGUGCAGUCGAAGAGGUUGCGGAGAGUGAAGUCGAGGAGGUUGAGGAGAGUGCAGUAGAGGAGGUUGAGGAGAGUGCCGUCGAGGAGGUUGAGGAGGGUGCCGUCGAGGAGGUUGAGGAGGGUGCAGUCGAAGAGGUUGAGGAGGGUGCAGUCGAGGAGGUUGAGGCUAGUGCAGUCGAGGAGGUUGAGGAGGGUGCAGUCGAGGAGGUUGAGGAGGGUGCAGUCGAAGAGGUUGAGGAGGGUGCAGUCGAGGAGGUUGAGGCUAGUGCAGUCGAGGAGGUUGAGGAGGGUGCAGUCGAGGUGGUUGAGGAGAGUGCAGUUGAGGCGGUUGAGGAGGGUGCAGUCGAGGAGGUUGAGGAGAGUGCAGUCAAAGAGGUUGAGGAGAGUGCAGUCAAAGAGGUUGAGGAGGGUGCAGUCGAGGAGGUUGAGGAGAGUGCAGUCGAAGAGGUUGAGGAGGGUGCAGUCGAGGAGGUUGAGGAGAGUGCAGUCGAAGAGGUUGCGGAGAGUGCAGUCGAGGAGGUUGAGGAGGGUGCAGUCGAGGAGGUUGAGGAGGGUGCAGUCGAGGAUGUUGCAGAGAGUGCAGUCGAGGAGGUUGAGGAGGGUGCAGUCAAAGAGGUUGCGGGGAGUGCAGUCGAGGAGAUUGAGGAGAGUGCAGUCGAAGAGGUUGAGGAGGGUGCAGUCGAGGAGGUUGAGGAGAGUGCAGUCGAGGCGGUUGAGGAGGGUGCAGUCGAAGAGGUUGAGGAGAGUGCAGUCGAAGAGGUUGCGGAGAGUGAAGUCGAGGAGGUUGAGGAGAGUGCAGUCGAGGAGGUUGAGGAGAGUGCAGUCGUGGAGGUUGAGGAGAGUGCAGUCGAAGAGGUUGCGGAGAGUGCAGUCGAGGAGGUUGAGGCUAGUGCAGUCGAGGAGGUUGAGGAGGGUGCAGUCGAGGAGGUUGAGGAGGGUGCAGUCGAAGAGGUUGAGGAGAGUGCAGUCGAAGAGGUUGCGGAGAGUGAAGUCGAGGAGGUUGAGGAGAGUGCAGUAGAGGAGGUUGAGGAGAGUGCCGUCGAGGAGGUUGAGGAGAGUGCCGUCGAGGAGGUUGAGGAGGGUGCCGUCGAGGAGGUUGAGGAGGGUGCAGUCGAAGAGGUUGAGGAGGGUGCAGUCGAGGAGGUUGAGGCUAGUGCAGUUGAGGAGGUUGAGGAGGGUGUAGUCGAGGAGGUUGAGGAGGGUGCAGUCGCAGAGGUUGAGGAGGGUGCAGUCGAGGAGGUUGAGGCUAGUGCAGUCGAGGAGGUUGAGGAGAGUGCAGUUGAGGCGGUUGAGGAGGGUGCAGUCGAGGAGGUUGAGGAGAGUGCAGUCGAGGAGGUUGAGGAGAGUGCAGUCGACGAGGUUGAGGAGAGUGCAGUCGAAGAGGUUGCGGAGAGUGCAGUCGAGGAGGUUGAGGAGGGUGCAGUCGAGGAGGUUGAGGAGAGUGCAGUCAAAGAGGUUGAGGAGAGUGCAGUCAAAGAGGUUGCGGAGAGUGCAGUCGAGGAGGUUGAGGAGAGUGCAGUCGAAGAGGUUGAGGAGGGUGCAGUCGAGGAGGUUGAGGAGAGUGCAGUCGAAGAGGUUGCGGAGAGUGCAGUCGAGGAGGUUGAGGAGGGUGCAGUCGAGGAGGUUGAGGAGGGUGCAGUCGAGGAGGUUGAGGAGAGUGCAGUCAAGGAUGUUGCAGAGAGUGCAGUCGAGGAGGUUGAGGAGGGUGCAGUCGAGGAGGUUGAGGAGAGUGCAGUCGAGGAGGUUGAGGAGGGUGCAGUCAAAGAGGUUGCGGGGAGUGCAGUCGAGGAGAUUGAGGAGAGUGCAGUCGAAGAGGUUGAGGAGGGUGCAGUCGAAGAGGUUGAGGAGAGUGCAGUCGAAGAGGUUGAGGAGAGUGCAGUCGAGGAGGUUGAGGAGGGUGCAGUCGAGGAGGUUGAGGAGAGUGCCGUCGAGGAGGUUGAGGAGGGUGCAGUCGAAGAGGUUGAGGAGGGUGCAGUCGAGGAGGUUGAGGCUAGUGCAGUCGAGGAGGUUGAGGAGGGUGCAGUCGAGGAGGUUGAGGAGAGUGCAGUCGAGGCAGUUGAGGAGGGUGCAGUCGAAGAGGUUGAGGAGAGUGCAGUCGAAGAGGUUGAGGAGGGUGCAGUCGAGGCGGUUGAGGAGAGUGCAGUCGAGGAGGUUGAGGAGAGUGCAGUCGAGGAGGUUGAGGAGAAUGCAGUCAAAGAGGUUGCAGAGAGUGCAGUCGAGGAGGUUGAGGAGAGUGCAGUCGAGGAGGUUGAGGAGAGUGCAGUCGAAGAGGUUGCGGAGAGUGCAGUCGAGGAGGUUGAGGAGGGUGCAGUCGAGGAGGUUGAGGAGGGUGCAGUCGAGGAGGUUGAGGAGGGUGCAGUCGAGGAGGUUGCGGAGAGUGAAGUCGAGGAGGUUGAGGAGAGUGCAGUCGAGGAGGUUGAGGAGAGUGCAGUCAAAGAGGUUGCGGAGAGUGCAGUCGAGGAGGUUGAGGAGAGUGCAGUCGAGGAGGUUGAGGAGAGUGCAGUCGAGGAGGUUGCGGAGAGUGAAGUCGAGGAGGUUGAGGAGAGUGCAGUCGAGGAGGUUGAGGAGAGUGCAGUCGACGAGGUUGAGGAGAGUGCAGUCGAGGAGGUUGAGGAGAGUGCAGUCGAGGAGGUUGAGGAGAGUGCAGUCGAGGAGGUUGAGGAGGGUGCAGUCGAAGAGGUUGCGGAGAGUGCAGUCGAGGAGGUUGAGGAGGGUGCAGUCGAGGAGGUUGAGGAGGGUGCAGUCGAGGAGGUUGAGGAGAGUGCAGUUGAGGAGGCUGAGAAGGGUUCAGUCGAGGAGGUUGAGGAGUGCACUUGAGGAGGCUGAGG